GUUCCCUCCCACUGGUGGCAUUUUAAGGCAGGAAUUCGCGGCGCAAGCAAGUGUGUCGCAGUUACAAAAAAAGUCAUCGUCAUCGUCUCCGGUUUAUAAAUUAGUGUUGGUGCUGUUUUCUUUUUAAUUCCCUAUCCUUGCAGUAUAACAAAAAUCUAUCAGUAUACGAUUUACAAACAAAAAUUUCCUCCCGUCAACAAGUUACUGGGCAUAUUAAAUAAUUUUGUACGCAUCCGAGGAUGUCGUCCACGGCAAAAUUUACCUCCGACGAAUUGCUGGGUGGUGCAGAGUCGUGGGUCGAACUCAAUCCGGUACCUGCGGAUAGAGUAACUCCGUUACCAUUCAGCAGCAGCGGUGGAGGCAGCGAAGAAUAUCUUCGACUAUUGAGGGAGGCACAAAGAGACUCGACACAAUCGUCCGCGAGGCAUUCGUUGGCAUCCUCCAGGAGGGAUACUCCCAGGGAUAGCCCGAAGAGUCCGCCGAACAGUCCAAAUACAGAAUUAUCAACCGAAGACGAAUUUAAAGGAGUUUAUAUCAACUAUAGUUGUAACAAGGAUGGAGAACUGACAGACAAAAGUAGCGACUGGAUUUAUGAAUGGAGUUCUCGUCCUGACCAGGCACCACCAAAGGACUGGAAAUUCAGGCACCCUCUUGGCGUGACAAAGAGGAAAACAUACAGCAUCCGAACAGCUAAAGUUGGAAAAAAUGGGCUUUUUUCUAAAGAAGUUCUCUACACAUUAUUUCUGACUAAUUUCUUGUCAUUGCUCAUCGGAACUGGGUUUGGUGUCUGGCUGACUAGACGAGGACUGAUGGUGCCCCGCAUAACUAUUGAGUGAAACAUUACAAAAAGAUCGAAUAACAGAAUGGUGGGAAAGGUAUCGAUAGUUCACUAUGAAUACUGCGAUAUGAAUAUUGUUAGUUUGAAUUUUUUCGGAAAGAACCUUUUAAAAAGCUGGAAAAUGGGACGCAAGAAAGACUGAUAUGCUGGGAGGCAAUAAUAUGCCUAAACACACAAAAAAACGAAAGAUUAAAGAAAAAACCGAUUUAUAGUUAUUUAAUAAAAACAAACUAUUCGCAUUAUAUUAAUUAUAAAUAAUACUGCAGUUUAAAGAUAAAAAAAAACUAAUAAUCAUAUAAUUUUAUAAUUCUUUUCAAUAAUAUCUAUGAAAUAUAACAAAUUAUUAGCAAAUUCAUUUUAGAACUAUAAAACAAAAGGUCAAAAAAACAUCACGUAUAGUACUUGUAGACAAUAGUUCGUUAGUUGUGGAGAGAAAAAUGAAAGAAAAAAAAAACCUGUCCAUUUUAUACAAUUUCUAAUAUGUUUUUAUCUACUAUAGAUUAUAAAAAAAACGGAAAAAAGUAGCUUUGAAUAGUAUUUAUAACUUACUGAAUAUUAAAAUAAGUAUUAAGGGCUCGUACAUUUAUUUAGUGUAGAUAUAUUCCAUGUGAGCUUAGUAGAGAAUUAUGGAAAAAUGAAAAAAAAUAAGACUAAACUACGUCAUAUCGUGCUGUUAGUGGAAGGAUAUAAAUACUGUAAAGGUAUCAAAAUUUGAUUUAAUCAUUUUCUUGGUGUCUUAGAGAUGAACGAAAUUUGAUUAUUUCUAAAUAGUAAUGGGUAUAUUUCUCGCUCACAUGGGGAUCAGGUGAGGUGUUUCAGAAAUAGAAAUUUAUUAUAGGGAAUUGAUGAAUUAUUAUUAUCAAUUACGGUUAACUCGUGAUCAAAUAAUCGUAAAGAUUAUUCGGUCAUGAGUCUUCGAAUCACUACAAAUUUUGAGAGGAUUUGGACUUUUUUUUUUUUUCUGUUCCCUUCGAAAGUACAUAUUCCAAAGAAAUUUCAAUGAUACCGUUUCAAUGUAACUUGAAACAGAAACCCGUUAUCUUUAGAUUAUGAAUACAUUUAAAGAUAACUGAGACUAUUCGUUCUGUGUCAGAGGGACGGUAUUUGAAUUUUAUAGAGAAUCCUCGUUUGCAGGAAAAUUAUGAUAAUAUUCAUCCUCUAUUCCGAAGCAAUAAAUAUCUAUUUCGCCUACUAUGAUCAAUAAUUCCGAAUCGUACGCGCAUGGUUCUUUAUUUAUUACUGUUUUCUCUGGUUAACUGAAAUGUUUGGAAUUGUACUAAUAAUCAAGUAAUUCAGUUGUAUUUUCUUCCUUCUUUUUUCUUUUCUCUCUUUUAUAAAGUUGAAAAAUUAAGAUAAAUUGUACAUUUGUUUACGAAAUGUUAGGAUUAUUUUAAUACGUGUUCCAAUUAAUAUGAUUGAAAAGAAAUACAUGUUUAAUUGUUUGUAAUUGCUACGAAAUAAAUUUUUGUAAAUUCUUGAAAAAUUAUCCUUACUUCUCUUCACGACGAUUGUUGUUAAGCUUGUAUUCAACUACCUCUACCCUCAUAUCCAACAUUGAACAUCCAUGAAUUCAGACUCAGACGUUGCUUGCGUGCGACAGAAGUAGCGCUACUGUAUUGUAGACGAGCGGGUGUUUAUAACCUCAAAUCUCAGUUCCCACUCAACCCAUUCGAAAUAGGUAUUUUUUUUCUAUACCUGCGAAUUAAACUUCUCGUAUUAUGCUCCGGGUCAAGUACGUUUCGUCUACCUACAAACGACGUACGAUGAUCAUUCCUCAUAGAGCAGUGUAGAUUCAAAACCACUGAAAUCGCAAACAGCCAUUAGAGGCUGGAAAGUUUCGCCACCUGUGAAAACUGAACUCUCCCAAAAUAAGGUGUCAGUUGGUAGACGCUGAACCCUUCACACCAUUUUCACUCCAUACCAUGCACGAAACCAUGGAAACUGAUCCCGCUACUCUUGCACGAAGACAAAAAGAUAUAGACUAUGGCAAAAAUACCAUAGCAUACGACAGAUACAUCCAAAUGGUACCUAA